GAUACUGAAGGCGAACUUAGAAUUGAACUUAAGAAAGAUACAGAAAAUGAACCUGAUAUUAAACUUGACGAGGACAUUGAUAUUGAACUUGACAAGGACGUUGAUAUUAAUGGUGAACCAUAUAAUGACAAGUGCAUCUCUAAUGAUACUGAUAAUAAUCAACUUGAACAUUAUGCAUGUCAAAAUAAUUUUGUGAUUAGAAAGAAGUGGGUAGAUAAUAGCUGUGAUCUAUGCCAACGUACCUGGGACUGUGAACGAUCUGAUAAAUAUGGGCCUGAUAAUGAAACUAUAAUUAAGUUGACGUCAAUGCAUCUUGAACACAAGGGUGGUGAUGCUGCAAAUCUUUUACAGUACUUUGAAAAAGAGCAUGCCAAGAACCCCGAUUGGUAUGUUCAAUCAUGGAUUGAUCCAGAAACAAAUAGAUUACAGGAUAUCAUUUUAAAUGAUAAUACAGCAGCAACUAAUACCUAUAAUUUGCCAUUAAGCAUUUUUGCUAUUGUAGACAAUAAUUUUAGAUCACAGAUCAUUGCACAGGCUAUAUUGCCUGAUGAAACAAGUGAAAAUCUUGAAAGUGUUGUUCCUGAAAUAUACACUAAUACCUACCUUCUUCAUUAUGUUUGGCACAUUGGCCAUAAUCUUGAAAAGCAGCUUGCAAAGCUUCUUGGUGACU